GCGCGGGCAUCGUCCUCGUGCACGCCGUCACAAAAGAUUGCAGAGGAAGCCCAAAUCCCAAAUCCCCCAUCUGCAACCCCAAAUCGCUAAUCAUAUCGCCUACCCACUUCAAGCCCUCUCCAUUCCUGGCUGCUUUUCUCUCCGUCGGCAUGCGGUUGGGUCGCGGGGCUGUAGGCGGGCGGUGACGGGCACAAGCCGCACCCGACGCGCACGGCAGCCGGGCGGCAGGCCCGAGGAGACGCAGGGCACACGGCAGCGAACGCCCAGAAGAUGGAACUGGAAGUGUUUUGGCAUAUCGACAAGGAUCACGGCAGUAAAGUACUGUCGAUGCCAAUUUAUGGUGGCAGAUGGCUUAAAGAUUACGACAGGGGAGGAGAUGAAGAGAGGAACUGGGGAGUUUUUAGAGGGGUAUAGGAAGGUGUCACUAGCCAGGAGCUCAUGAUAGUCAACGGCAGAGUCUGAAAUGUCGACAGAAAUUAUUUGUUCCUUUCUCUUCAUUCCAAAUGUGCUCCACUGGUAACUUUCCCUUUCUAAUCUCAAAACAUUACUAGCUUUUCUCAUAUCAGCUUACUUCAAAACUAUGUAAGGGACCUACGAUUUAAGUGACUUCGAGACGUGCUAUGAUUAGGCUAGGCCUGUGCUCGACAAAACCCCCCAAGGCAAGUAUCAUUUAACAAGCAAGCGUACUGCUCUUAUGCAAAGCACCUGGUGAACCUGCUGGCAUUGUACUCUGCAGUCUCAAGAAGGGUUGGUUUUAUUCAUUGCGUUGUGUUCCUGGCAUUUUAUUCAGAUAUGGAUUAGCUGAAUUUGUGCAAUACCUUGAUGUCUUUCGCUGUCAUCAACUAACCCGUUUGAUGUUUUUCCAUAUCAUCUACUAACAAGUUUGGUCAACCUAUCAGGUGGAGAACAAUUCGUGGUACCACCAAUCUCAACUGCUAUCCUCCAGCACCAAUGCCUAUAUGAGAAACAAAGUCAACAAGCGAUUGCCUCCACCAAUAACUCACCCAAAUUUGGAUAAGUUUUGAGGAACAAAAAUACAACUGAUGCAGGAGCCCAGGAGAGAUGAUGGUCUGCUUCGGCUUCACACUAUAAAAAGAAAUUGGAAGGCAGCAACACAAGCAAGUUCCUGGUCCUCCAAUGGCCAUAAUAAGAUACAAAAUAGCUGCCCUGCCAAGGACAAACUCUGCGUGACCUGUUCGGAAAAGGGACAUAAUUCUCAUGAUUGCCCCAUGAAGGAUCGAGAGGAAAAACUCAUAUGCACUAUCUGUAACAAGGUUGGUCACUAUUACUUGCGGUGCUGCCGACUGAAUGUGUCUGAGAACCAUGCUUGCCAUCGUUGUGGCGAAAAAGGACACUACGCCAGUAAGGGACCCAUGCAUUGUGGUGAUAAGUUCAUUUAUACGGGCCUCAGUUGCUCCAGCUGUGAUACAAACCAUUUGCUUGGGAGAUGCCCUAUGAGCAACAUUACAUGUUUCCUUUCUGAAGGUAAGGAUUGUGUCCCUGCUCAAUGUCACUUAAGUCCAAUACUCACUGCAGUAAAUCAGCACUGUCGAGAAAGCUUCCGAGGUACUCUGAAAGAGGGGAGAACAGUCACACGACUCGAUCCACCCAGCGGAAUAGAGCUAUAUGAUGAUAGCCGUGAAUGCCAAUUGAACGGGAAUAAUGAAAUGGCACCCAAGGUCUCAAGCUGCAGCCUUGGUGAGCCAGUCAACCGUGAUGGGGGGAGCCCCAUAAAAACUCAUGUACUAGCUGCUGACAAGAACAACCCUGCAACUACGACGGAUGAGCCACUAACACCAGCGUCAGGAUUCACCUGCUUAGACUGCCAUGAAGACAACUGCCACUCUGCAAAUAGUUGUUCUAAAAAGAAGUCACCUCGAGAAUUAGAGCCAUAUGAUUGUAACCAUGGAUGCCAAUCUAUGGGGGCUAGUGAAAUGGUGGUACCCAAUGUCUCAAGCAUCAGUCCUGUUGUGCAAGACCGAUGUGAUUGGGUGAGCCCCAUAAUAACUAAGAUACCAGCCUCUGAAGACACCAACGCUGAAGCUAUGACGGAUGUGGUGCAAACAAAAGUACUAGUAGUCACCUGUUUCAGCUGCCAUGAUGAAGGCCAUUGGGCAAGGAAUUGUCCCAAGAAGGCACCUAGAAAAUUGGUUCAUUGUGGUGUCACCUGCCUAAAUUGCAAUGGCAACCACUACACAAUUAGAUGUCCCAAGAAAAAGAAGCCUGGUGAAUUGAAGCUAUGUAAUGUCACCUGCUUAAGGUGCCGUGACAAAGGCCACUUUGCAGAUAGGUGUCCUAAGAUGCAGCAGCCUAGAUAAUUGGAGCCAUAUGAUGAAAGCCAUGGACAUCAAUUGUGAUAGGAAGAGCCUAUCGUAACUUGCUUACUGUAAGCCUGUGUUGUUAUUGUUGCUGCUGUUGCUGCUUAUGCAGGCAUAAGUUUGAUUGUUGUAACAAUUGGGAUGGUACAUAUAAAUCAUAGUGUCACAUGAAUGAAUCUUUUUGAGUGGUAUACUUGGUUUCAAGUAUUUUAUUCAUGGUA